AUGGCAAUAAAUUUUGUAUCUUGGAUCAUCCUUUUUCAUCUCCUCGUAAUCCUAUUGUGUUGUCAUGGAAACCAAGCAAGGGAAUUGGUUGAAACAAAAACCAAAUCAUUGGAAAUUCAGCACAACCAUCAUCAUCAACAUAAUCAUAUGACUCAUAAUAUUGAUCCUUCAGUGAUGGUGUUUUUCACUUUGAAAGAUUUGAAAGUUGGAAAAAUAAUGCAAAUUUAUUUUCCUAAGAGAGACCCUUCAACUUCUCCGAAGUUAUGGCCAAAAGAAGAAGCUGAGUCACUUCCUUUCUCUUCAAACCAACUCUCAUAUCUUCUCAAAUUCUUCUCUUUUUCUCCAAACACUCCACAAGCCAUGGCUAUGGAAAACACCUUACAAGAAUGUGAAAGCAAACACAUCAAAGGAGAAGUAAAAUUUUGUGCUACUUCAUUACAAUCUAUGCUUGAAUUCACACAAAAGACUCUUGGUUCAAAUUCUGAAAUCCAAGUUUAUGCAACUUUGCAUAAAACAAAAUCAAGUGUUACUUUUCAAAAUUACACUAUAGUAGAAAUUUUGAUGGAAAUCAUAGCUCCAAAAAUGGUGGCUUGUCACACUGUGCCAUAUCCUUUUGCUGUUUUUUAUUGUCAUAGUCAAGAAAGCGAGAAUAGGGUGUAUAAAGUAUUAUUGGAGGGUGAGAAUAGAGAUAAAGUUGAAGCUAUGGUUGUUUGUCACAUGGAUACAUCACAAUGGGCACCUAGUCAUGUUUCAUUUCAAGUUCUUGGUGUUACACCAGGAAGUUCUUCUGUGUGUCACUUUUUUCCAGCUGAUAAUUAUAUUUGGGUUCCUAAGAUGAAAUCACAAGGUUCAUCUAGCAUGUGA